UUAUUUACCUAUAUUUUUAUUUUAUUUUUAAUUAAAGUUUAUGCCAAUAAUUUUCCUCUGUGUUUGUUUAUCGUUGGUUGGAAUUACAAUAAUUCAAGAAUUUUCUGUUGCAAAAUUUGGUCUUUUAGUUUUGGCAAUUGCUUUUUUAAUUUAUUUUGUUUUUAUUUGGGAAAGAACUUUUUUAAAUCGUUUUCCUAUUUUUAAAGAGAAUUUUUCUUUAAUUAAUGAUAAAAUAGCUUCUUUUGUACAAAUUAUUUUAAAUGGAAAAAUAGAAUUAUUUAAUGGAGAAGAAUUCCUAAAUAAUGAUCCAAAAAUUGUUGAAGAAGAAAAUAAAAUAAAAAUAAUAACAGGAAAUAUUAAAAUAUAUCCUUUAAAAGAUGAAGAAAAAAUUAACGGAAAUUACAAACAAAGAAGAAGAAGAAAAAGUAAUGAAUUGACUAAAAUUAAUUAA